GGAGGAAUGUCCCCAGCGCUGCAUCUCCUGUGGGUUCUGCUGGUUCAUUUAGCAGAUCUCCACGCGGCCCCAGUGCUCAGUCAGACCCCAAUGUCCGGACCUGUUUCCGCGGGUCAAACUGUCCGCUUAGAGUGUCGAAUGCAGAAUGGUGAUGUUGGAAGUUACUCCAUGAACUGGUACCAAGAGUAUCCCGGCGAGAGACCGGAGUGGGUGUUAGAACAUUACCCAAACAAUAAUAUAUACCGAGGGACAGGGAUCACAGACCGUUUUGAACCGUCCAGAGACUCCUCCAGCAACAGUCACAUUCUGACCAUCAGCAGUUUGGAGCCCCGGGAUUCCGCCGUCUAUUACUGUGCAGCGUGGUAUAAUGGAGGUAUCUUCGGUCCAGGCACCAGCCUAGAUAUUAAGAGUAGCGAAUCCUGGGAGCUCUCAGUUCUUCUGCUCCCUCCCUCUCCGGAGGAGACCGGCAGGGGUUCGGCCACUCUCUCCUGUCUGGUGAGUGGCUUUAAGCCGGGCUUGGUAGCGCUGCGCUGGACUGUCGAUGGAGUCCAGACGGAGAGCGGCGUGACAACAGGCGCUGUCUCCCUGGACACUGAACAGACCUACAGGCUGAGCAGUUACCUGCGGGUAACCACCGCUGCCUGGAACAAGGGCUCGAGUUAUUCCUGCAGCGUGAGCCACAGCUCACUGAGCUCGCCGCUGCGCAACACCAUCUCUUCGUCCGCCUGUGCGCAGUGAGAGUGUGCCGGCUGGCAGCUCACGUGGAUUGUUUGCUCUUGUUUAGUGCAGUGAAGCAAUCAUUGGAUCUGUAAGGCAGCCCAAGGCA